AUGCCUACUUCUGAGAGAGAACGGUCGUCGGGAAGUCGCAUAGAAAUAGCAGAGUGCUCCGAUGACGCUAGUGGUGAGGAAUGCGUUACUUAUGCUCGACAUGUUGCUCCAGCUGGGCCAUGGCCAGCGCCAUUUCCACGGGAUAAUCGGAAAAUGUCGCAUCGCGCGACACCUAUAGCAUUAAUUUUGCGACUAGAAAUAUGA